AUGGACCAGCUCUACCGCGUCCGCCUCUGCACGUUCACGGACGAACUCGACGCAAAAAAGCAUGCGCUCAUUAAGUCGGAGGUGUGGCUGGCAGCCAUGGAGAUCAUGGACGACCUCGGCAUCCGCACGAAAAGCACGCGCGGCAAGAAUGACGCGAAGCGCGAGGCCGCGCCCCGGCAGAAGCUGCGCCGCCGGUCGUCGCGCGAGAGCCGAGUGUUUGAGUUCGAGGCGAACGCCAAGGCCGAGGACGGCGGCAAGGUCGAGCCGACGCCGCGCGUCCCCAUGAGCCCGAACGUGUUUGGGCUCAUGAGUCCGCCAUACGUGGACGCGUUACGGCUCGACGUUGAGGACGAGCAUGCGUCGCAGUCGACCAUGUUGCGCUCGAUCGCCGAGGUGGCACAGGAAGACAUGAGCUUUUCACAGGCAAGUCCGCGCCCACGGCGACGCACCGUCAAGACGCCAAAGGACCACAAGGUCUGUCUUCCGCCAAGCGACAACGACGACGACGACGACUCGAGCGAGGCGCCGCAUGGUGCGCGUGGUGUCGUGACCAAAGAGGCGCAGGUGCUGGCCGGUCGCGCCAAGUACAUUCCGAUGCGCCUCAGCGACGCGGAGCGCGUGCUCUUCAACCUCCUGGACGCGUCGCUCAACGUGUCCGAGUACACGGACAAGGUCGACAUCCUCUCGUACCCGUCGCCGGUGGAGCGCAUCCUGACAAAGCUCACGUGCCUCUUCAACGUCAUGUCGGGCAUGAUGGUAUAUCCUCUUCCUCGCUAUCUGGCCUGUCGCCUCAACUCGCGCAACGGCCUCGACCUCCUCCUCGACGCCGACGUUCCGAUUGCCACCCGGUCCAUCUCGGACACGAGCGCCCAGGCGGCUGUCCAGCGCCAGGAAAAGGCCGCGGCGAUUGCGUCGCUCUUAUGCGACCAAGGACUUGACGGCCGACGACAUUCGGCUUGCCUCGCGUCCAUCGACGACAACAACAGCUACAUCGCGCUCAACUGCGGCCCGAUCUCCAAGAUUCAAGCGUACCUCGAACGGUACUUUUUGUCGCCGUCGGGUGGUUUUGCCCUCGACAUUCGCGCCGGCCGCAACGGCGCGCGCCUCACGCACAAGCACAAGACGCAGUUUGCCUACGCGAUGCAGUCGCUCUCGCUCUGGAAGAACAUUACGCUCGAGAUUCGUUCUAGUCGUUGUUGUUAAAGUGAGUCGUCUAUCAAAAAUACGAGUUUCGCCGCCAUACCGCCAAGAUGCUGCAGCACUACGAAGGCGCCUCAAGUGCGCCACGCCGU